UGACCAGCUGGAAGGGCUCACUUGCAUUGGCUGGGGAAAACCAGCACUGGUUAUUAUUAGAUGAUGGAAGAUUUUUAAAUGUGGCUUAUUGAAACCAGUCUAGUUACUUUAUAGUCACAGCCUAUAGAUGAGAAUAAACUGACUAACCAAAUUCCUAUGAUAGUCAAAAAAGAAAUUUAUUUUAGAAGGCGAAUAAGAAAUUGCAUUAAUAAAAGGGAAAAAGAAAACUGUCACUGCUUGUGGCCACCAGAAACCCUACAAGGUUGGUAACAGAGAAACUGAAAGGCCUACAGGCUGCUAAUUCAUCUUGGGGGUGGAAUGCUUUGAACCUAAUUUAAUUUAUUUCUACUAUUCUGAUUCAAGUUCUUUUCCACCAUGUUUUUUGUCAACAAUCUUCAGUGAAACUCAGCAGAUUUGAAGAUCAGGCCCUCUCCUGGCCCCCGGAGCAUGCCCACCCUCCUGCCCAAUGAUCCUCUUGCAGCACACCGGACUUCCUUCCCCUGAGCAGCUUUCACCCCCUCCUCCUAUGUCAGUGGCCACCAGGUCAAGAACCACCUUUUUGCUGUCCUCGCAGAGACCUCUGGGGCUGGAGGCCACUUUGCCCCUGACCAGGGCGCAGGAGCUCACUCGAGCUGGGGCCGUGGAGCCAGAUUUUACCCUGGAGGAGCUAUGUAGGCCCCUGUACUGUAAACUCUGUAAUGUCACCUUGAACUCGGCCCAGCAAGCUCAAGCUCAUUAUCAGGGUAAAAAUCAUAGUAAGAAACUCCGGAAUUACUAUGCGGCGAGUACCUGUCCAGCCUCUACCAGAAUGAGCAAUAUAGUGGAGCCUGUACCCCCUCCUGUUGUGCCAGCUCCCCCCCAGGUGGAUGUCUCUAAGCCGGGAAGCAGAGUGAUCAGGGCCACAGAGAAUGAUUACUGUAAGCUCUGUGAUGCUUCAUUUAGUUCUCUAGCUGUGGCCCAGGCUCACUAUAAAGGGAAGAAUCAUGCCAAGAGGACACGACUUGUGGAGGCCCAAAACAACCUGUCCUUGGAUUCAUCAGAGGUGAGUCAACGGAGGACCCGGAAAGAAGGGAAUGAAUAUAAAAUGAUGCAGAAUAGGAGGAAUGCAUAUGCUCUUCAGAAUAACACAGGGCCUUACUUCAAUCCCCGAUCUCGACAGUGGAUUCCCCGUGACCUUGCCAUGUGUGUCACCCCCAGUGGCCAGUUUUACUGCUCCAUGUGUAAUGCUGGGGCUGGUGAAGAGAUGGAAUUUCGGCAGCAUUUAGAAAGUAAACAACACAAGAGCAAGGUGUCCGAGCAGCGGUACAGGAACGAGAUGGAGAAUCUGGGAUACUUAUAGUGAUGCUCAUUGCUCUGAUUGUAGUUUUCAGAUAAAGCAGUUUGUCUUGCCUGCUUCUUUUGCCUUCUGUCAACCUGUCCUGCUUUGUGGCCAUUUCUAACAUGCCUCUGCUUCUCUGUAGAUAUGUGUAAACCUAAUGGUACCUAGAGGCAUUAAAAUCUGAUUUAAAAAGAAUGAACUUUUUGGGUCAUGAUGGGUUUUCAGGUUAGUUUUAUUUGGCUAAUCUGCAGAAGGCAUGUGGCCUUACCAUAUGGGAGAGUAGCUUUGGAAAGUAACGAGUUGCAGGGAAGUAUAGGUUUCAGUUCUCCAUGCCUUUAUAUGGGCUACCAUCUUGGUGCCGUAUGAGUAGGAUGAUUGGUACAAAUGGCUUCAGAGUCUUUCCUGACACUUUAAUUCCUAUUAUAAUGUGAUUUCUUCAUAGAAUUACAACGGUCUUCCAUUGUGUGAAUUUCAUUGAACCCCAACAUAUUGAAUACACCCUCCUUUUGGCCAAGUUUCAUUUCUAGUUUCUGAUCUCUGCCUGCCUUCCAUUUCUUUACCACUACCAUCUGCUUCAUAGAUAGACACUUUUCAAUUUUAAUCAGCUUGAUUUUAUGUAGUUCUCAGCUAUGCUGUGAAUGUCAUAAGUCUAUACAACUUUAACCUCUGAGCUUUUAUAAAAAUGGUAGUGUGUAUGUGUGUAUGAAUGAUUAUUUCAGAAAAUGGGCAAAAUCUUGGCCAGUUUUCAAUCCAAGGAUUGUAUUAUGUUGUGUAAUAAUAUGCACUUAUGUGGGAGUUUCUGGCCAUAAGAUUUGGACUGCUUCAUGGAUGUUAUGAAUGAUUUCAUGCUUACCCACUAUAUUUGCUAUGCUGGACCUUCUCAGUGUUCUGAAGGGUACCAGCUAUGUUUUGUUCUGUAAAUAAAGCAGGAAAAAAAUGUAUUUUAGUUUUUACCAUUUCUGCAUUUGAAGUACACAGCAUUUGGCUUUUUAUACUUUAUUUUCUCUGGAAUGACCACAAUCAUUCUAGAAUAUUAUGCAUGUAAGGUCAUUGAAUUAGGUAUCUCUUUGCAACUCCUCUUUCCCCUCUGACUGCCCUGCUCCCGCCUUCUCCUGCUCUUCUAUAGGUGCUUGGGUAACUGAUGUAGUGCUUCUUGGUGUUGAUAAAAACAUUUACUUCAUUUCUCAGAAAGACUGUACCUUUACUGCUUUUUUUCUAACCUUUUUCUCCUUUUAAAAUAAAAAGGGCCAUGGCUAAAAGUUCCCUUAAGUGACUAUUUCUCUGAGCUUAGAUUGCAUCAUUUUGCUAAUUCUCAUCUUUUGUUGGUCAUUUGAUUAAAUAUGCCCCUCAGCUUUUCUUAAAAAAUGUCUCAUCCUUCUCCAUUUACCUUCAGGUAGAAUAUGAGAUCAAUUUCAGAGUACUGUAGUUUCUUCAUUUUUAUACUUGAACUUGGGGACAAUUAGAUGAUAUCCAAUGGGCCUACUUUCUAUGAAAAAUGGUAGAGGCAUCAAGAGAGAGUUUUUUUUCUAGAGACAGGAGGGUGAUCAAUUUUGUGACUUCUUAGAAGUCUAUCUCUCAGCCCCUUUGUUUUAAGAAAAAUCAGCUUUAUAGAUUUGUCUCAAAAAUGAGAAAUUGAGGGUUGUUUUGGGUCUUUCCCAAUGACCAGUAAGUUUUUUCCUUUGCUGCUAAAGAUCUAUCUGACUGUCUGUCUGUAAUAUUCUUGUGCUAGCCAUUUAAUUCUGUGAAUCUUAGUUCUAUCGUUUAUUGUAAGGAUGUUUAUUUAGUUUUAUAUGUUAGCUCCCAGAGAGAACUUGCCUAGUUGAUUUCAGAGCACUGUGGGAAAAAAUGCUGGAUGCUGAUUUUAUUUUACAGAAGUUGGAUUGCACUUUUAUUUAGUUAAGCACUUGGAAAUAAAAUAGAAUCAAGUUUUUUGCCUCUAACCUUCCAGCUGCUCUACACACUGGAAAUAUACUUACUUAUCAUUUACUUAUGGUUUUCUUUCUACUUGUGUGACUUUAAGCAAGCAACCUUCCCUCUGGACCUGUUUUUCUCAUCUAUAAAUGAAAGGGUGAGCCUAGAAGGUUUAAGGAAUGUGCAUUCCCAGUGGUAUUAAUGCCUGUUAGGAGCAUGGAAAUGUGGUUCAUUGGUCCCUCUUCUGCCUUGUUUUGAAAAAAACUUUUAAGAAGAGAGUUGGAUGAAGGCAUUACCUUUUGCUACCUAUAAUUUCUUCCCAGCUAUAAUUUCUGUGCACUAAAGAAGAACCAGUAGUUUGGGCAUGUUCUUGCCUGUAACAAUUCAGUCUUACUCUUUCAGACUCUAGAGUCUUUCUGCCAAGCAUUGCUCAUUAUCAUUCAUAGUGGUUCCAUUCCAUGCCCAUUGGAAGAAUCCCAAAGACAGAUUCCAGUUAGGAGUCUGUUUUUGCAAUGAAUUACACAUGCAUGAUAUUCUAAAAGCAGAACGACAAAAGUUACUAGGUAGCAUAUCUUGGAAUUAAUACAAGUCUGCACAAUAGUUGUAAAUUCUCAUGCUUGUGCCCCUCCUUUCCAGGGACUACAUUCCCUCAAGUCAAACAGAUUCCUGGUGGUGCUUUGAGCAAUGGGAUGAGAGGUUUGCUAGUCCAUCCGUCCUUCCUCCUUCCCUUCCUCUUUCAGUCCUGGUGCCCCCCAGACUCAUAUUAGUAUUUGUGGGAAGUGUGUAUGUGUGCAUGUAUAGUGAGCACAGUGCUCACUUAUGUGUUCUUUGGAAGAAACAUUGUGGGCCUAAAGUCCUGGAAAUGUUUAGUUUGAGCUAUCCUCAGCCUGGAGUCUGUGAACUUGUUUUCUGAACAAAAAUAUUUUGAUAAUUCUAUUUCCAUACAGUUGGUUUCCUUGUAAUCCUUUGUAGUUUAUAUUAUGCAUUUAAAGCAAAACCAUUAGUUUUAGAAAGGUUUCACCAGACAGCCAAAGGUGUCCAUGCCAACAAAAAAGGUUAAAGAUCCCUGGUUUAUUCAAAGGAAGUCAGUAGAUUUCAAGGGUCAUCUGAAAGAAUGGAAAACCAUUUUGAGCAAAAAAAAAAAUCCUUGUUCAAAUAUUGGCCUCAAGAUAUAUUUUAGCAUCUCUGCUACUGUUUCUUGCUAAGCUGCAAAGAUCUUCCAGUUGUCAAAGGAACUGGCCUGUUUAAACGGCUCAAUCAUUGAAGUUUUUAAAAUAGAAAGAAAAUCACAUCUGUGAUAUAAUGUGGUCUUUUCUCACAAAGACAGGCAGUAACUUGAGUAUGUCCUUCUUUUAGCUAUCAUGUGCUAUAUCCAACAGGUGUAACGUCCAUUUUUCACAGGUCCAUGCUGCUUCAUUUCCUUGUCCUUUCUGGUUUCAGUGGAGUCUGUGAGGUGCCAGGAAGCUUUCUGAAUCCUGUGCUGUUUGGGGCAGCUAGGUAGCACAGGAGAUAGAACACUAGGCUUGGAACUGGGAGGACUGGGCUCAAGUCUGGCCUCAGAUUCUACCUAGUUGUGUGACUCUGGGCAAGUCACUAAAUCCUGAUUGCCUCACCCUUGCCAUUCUUCUGACUUAGAAUUGGUACUUAGGCAGAAGCUUCAAGUUUAAAGUUUUUUUUUUAAUCCUGUAUUUUUAAUAUAUAUAUAUAUAUAUAUAUGUAUGUAUAUAUAUUGUUUACUUAAGAAAACUAGUUUCAUUUUUGGUUUUUCCUUUUAAUUUUAGCAUAAAGCUAUAUAAGAUUUUUGGAGAGUGGCCACAGGGAAGAGUUAUGGGUAUUGCAACUCAUUUCUACCCUGUGCAAGUUAAAUAGCUAACGUUUUCAGGUCUUUCUAUGCCAUGGAACCUUCCCAUAGAUCAGUCAACAAGCAUUUACUAAAGUUCCAGGCACUGUGCUAAACUCUGGGGAUACAAAGAAAAAAAAAUCCCUGCCCCAGCGAGCUUAAAUUCAAGCCUGGGGGCUUCAAAUCUGCUUAAAUGAACAUAGAAGACUGCACACAUGGAUACAUAGCCCUGAAGAGGCUUCUGUAAAGCGGGCAGCACUGCUGCCAGUUUAUUUCCUGGAAGGCACAUCAAAGUAUCCCUUAUUUUCCUAGAUUUAUGCCUAUUCUUAGAUGAGUAGCCGGGGAAUUUUAGUCAUUUACUUCCUUAGAUUUUAACGUUGGACAUCUGAAAGUAACAUUUGAGAGGCCAGGUUGGAGGACUUUGGCCAAGACAGUGCAACUCUAUUAAUAUUACUGGUUUCAUGGGUAUAAACUGGUUAAUUAGUGUUGUUAUACUGAUUAGCAUAAGUUUAGUGGAAACUUGCACAUGGAAAUUGAAAAAUGACUGAGUGCUUAAAUUUGUUUAUGCUUAAAAUUAUUAUUUUAAAAAUAGCCUAAUCUUUCUUCCUGAAGUUUACAGAUAAUAAAAAUAUCUGUUUAAAAAGUGAUCAUUGAAAGGCAACAUGGUAGGGUAAAUAGAGGGCUGGCCUUGAUGUCAAAAGAACCUUGAUUCAAGUUCUAUUUCUGCUUGUUUUGGCUUUGUGCCCUUGUACCAAAGACUUAGGGGGCCUUUUUGGCCUAAACAAAUCUUUAGGAUUACAAAUCAUCAGUCUGAAUUAGCAGAGUUUGUUUCCACACCAAAGGUUCCAUACACAGAUGAAAUCAGAGGGUUUGGGAUUCCCUAACCCCUCCUCCAAAUGGCACAGGCUAUUCAUUUUGAUGUUGAAUUUCUUCUUCUCCAGUUCCCAGAUGCAGAGUUAACUGUUAUUGCUAAUGGCCCCUAGAUGGACCCUUUCUCCUCAUUUUUGAGGCUCAUCGAGGAGUCCCCUCUGCCAUGUAGGCUAGGGGUGUGGGUUGAAUCGGUGAUUUCAUUGAGAUAGAGAAUCUAGGUGAAGAAACUCCCCCUGCCAAGGAAGUGGACCCUUCUCUUCAGCUUUGUAGUUUUAGCAGUCGUCACCAAGAAAUGUGUCAGAGGCAGCAUUCUGCACCCUGACCUUCCCAGCUUCCAGGCUCUGUCUCUCACCACCACUCUGUGUGUGCCUUUGCCCCCAUCCCCACCUCCCCUUGGUGGUAGUAGUGGGUUCAAGAAGCUUGCUUUAAGCCCAGACUACAAGUGCCUUUAGCAGGUGCUCACAAACCUCAAGAAAGAACCUGAUGAAGCCUGUGCCAGUCCUGGGCUGGUUUCAGUUCUGAUUCAGAGAUCGACAACCUGGAGCUAAGUAGGUUUGUGUAAUCCUUUAUGUCAACAUUACCAUUGUACACGAUCUUAGUUUGACCCAUAAUAAAUAGUCUUCACUACAGAUGGACCAGACAAAGUGACUCCUGACAAUUAACCCAGUUUUCCCACAGUGACCAUGAUAGCCAUCCCCUUUCCCCUUUUAUCUUACAUGUUUUUCAUUCAUCUUUAAAUAUAAUUUGGGAUCAGGGAUAAUUUCUUCCUUUUUUAAAAAAAAUUUCUGUCUUAUAAUCAAUAUUUUGUAUUGGUUCUAUGGCAGAAGAGUGGUAGGACUAGGCAGUAGGGGUUAUGUGACAGGAUCACACAACUAGGAAGUGUCUGGGGUCAAAUUUGAACCCAGGACCUCCCAUCUCUAGCCCAGGUUCUACCUUCUGAGCCACCUAGCUGCUCCUUGCCCCGCCAUUUCAUUUUCGGUUCUUAUUUGUCAACUUUCAAGGUGUAAGCCCAUAUUGUGAACCUACUUUUACCUUUAAAGUGUUAGCAUUUUUUUUUAAAGGUUCUAUGUCACCUCAAUGAGUAAGAAGUUAAUGAAUCCUCUUUUGCACUGUAAUUUUUCAAGCUUUUGCUUUGUGUCUGGGAUUUAGGGAGACAAAUUCCCACCAAAUCAAGACGUUCCUUGGUUGUGAUCAUUUUAAGAAUGCUGUCAGGUUUCCUAUAACUUAAAAAUAAAAAAUAAGAAUUCAUUUAUUCGGAUUUUUUUUUAAACUGACCUUUGGGAAUUAACUUAGGGUCCUGCCCAUCUCUUGGCCAUUUAGGGUUGAUUAUCCAAUUCUGAGCUUCAUCCAAUCCAUUUUUAUUUCUCUCAUUUGUUACCCUUCUGUAGGGUGCUUUGCUGCCUUGAAAUUUUUUUCUGUCUGAGAACAAAAGAGAAUAGAGAGAUGAGGUGAAACACUGACCCUUUUAGUUGAACAAGUUUCAGCUGUUUGAAGUCUGGGCCGUUGGAAGAUGGACACCAUUGACUUCAGUAGAGUGUUUGGAUUGACCAAGAACUGUCAUUGUCAAAACUCCUUUGGCAGAGGUUAGGGUGGAUAAUUGAGUGUUGUUCACGCUGUAUUCCAAGUCAUGAGUCUUAUUAAUGAUACAUAGAGCAUUUCUCUAGGGCUUUUCAGACAUUAAUGAGUUCCAUGGCACAUCCCUGUAUUUUAUUAUUUAUGUCAACUUGGUGGGCAAAGCCUGACUGAUUUGGCCCAGGGCUUAGUGAGUGAGGGAGAAACAGAGCCAGAAUUCAAUCUUAGAAAUCCCUAAUGUGUACUCCUUGACUCGGUUUCAAAGCCACUGAUCACUGCCCACAAAAAAAGAUGAUGAGAAAAUGUGUUUUACUUAUUGGAAUUUUAUUAUUUAUUGCAAAAUUGUUUUUAGAAACUUUUUUUUAAGCCUUGAAAGAUUAAUAUAGUUACUUCAGAGGGGCAAGAUGUAAUCAUAGAUAACAACCAGAGUCUUACCACAGUAGGCAGCAUGUUAUCAUAGAUAACACAACCCAAGACUCAGCCUGGGUUCAAGUCAAUCUCUGAAACAUACUGGCUGUGUGAUCCUAGGCUAUACUAGUGACUUCACAGGUCUGGACCAAAAAAAGGUACUUUGAACCCUCUGUAGGGGAAGAAGCCACUGGCCACCAUAUUCAUUCCUCCUUUCUCUAAGUGCUAGAAGCCAUAGUGUCAACAGUUGCCUUUUCAAAGAUGUUCUUAUUUUGCAUUCCAAAUAGCCCUCUUACUCUCUUCCUUCCUCUUUCUCUGUAAGUGUGCGUUAGUGACUCCUUCACUAGUGAAAAUCAAUGUAUCUCACUGCGUGUAUAUUUAUUCUUUAUAUGAUGUAUUUUUAUAGAAAACAAAAUCACAAAGCCUCAAGUAUCGUGAUGGAUGGUACCAUCUGAGAACAAAUCCCAUCUGGAACCCAGCUUAUGGUUGUUCACUGAAUCUGGAUGGGAAACACCUUAUUUAUUUUAGGUUCUCCUAAGGAUAAAAAUCCCAUUGUAAUUUGGGAGGUCAUUUGUCAUCUUAUUGCUUUAAAACACACGAGUCUUCUCUGUUUCUGUGACUCAGGGUGCCAUUUUGCAAGAAUGAAACGAUGAUUCUGCGUUUGCUGAUGUUUACCUUUGUGUAAAGAGGGGUACCACCCCUCCCCCCGAUGCAUCGUGGCCGUUGGAUCUGUGUCUGCUACAUCUGCUUCGUAAUGCCUUAUCCAGACUAGGUCAGAGUAUGGUAGACAGCGUACCAUGUGCCCCUAGUUUUACCCUUUCCCAAAAGCGGUGUCAGUGAAUGUAUGCCCCAGAACCCAAAGCAUUCCCGAUGUUGCUUCUAGGUCUAAGCCCUGACUCUAGCAAUGAGAUGCUUUUGAGCUGGAGAACAGAAUUUCAGUGAGAUUCCAGGUAGGAUUGGAAAGAACCAUUGAUGUGGCGGCAUAGUGAGCUCCUUUGUUCUUUCUCUAGUGCAAUCUGAAGAGUUCAAUCUAAACAGUGGGAAAGUGUAUCUUGUCCUCUAUGUUUUGCCAUAAAUGUUGCCUGGAGACUUGGGGGCUUCAUGCUUACUCCCCGUUUGAGAAAUCUCUCGUGUUUGGGGAUUGCACAGAUGACAAAAGGUGUUAGGACUAAAACCAACCAAAUGUGAAUUGUGAAAUUAAUACUGUUCUUUAAUUUGGGGGGGCGGGCGGGGAAGGGGUCAUUUGGUUUCCUUUGAUCACUGCUUAAUAUACAACCUGAAAGAUGCUUAAGAUGUAACUGCUAUUACUGGCUUCUUUUCACUUAGUGCUCUGUCCUCAUUUUAGAAAAGGCUUGAAAUUAUAACAGGCGUUUUGUGUCACAAUUUAAUAAAAAUAAUUUGACCCUCA